UGGCUCAUGUAAAUUGUAUGUUAUUUAAGCAAUAAAUUUAUUUGUUGGCCCUUACUUGAAGUGAAAUUCCCUAAAGAAAUAUUGAAUUUUGUUUUAUUUGUUGAAAUAUUUAUUUCAAUUAGUUAAUUUCCGAAACGCAAAGUAUUCUCAAAAUAUUCCGACAAUGCCGGAAAAUGAUAUUUCUAAAAUGAAGGUUGCUGAUCUGAAGCGUGAACUAAAACUCCGUGGCUUGCAGACUACUGGCAACAAAACCGAGUUACAAGAGCGCCUCCAAACUGCCUUGAUUGACGGUGAUCUUUCACUCGAAGACACGGCAAUCUCAGGUGAAGAUCUUCUCGAAGAUGUUCUUACCGACGAGGAAGAUAAAGCGCUAAUAUUGCCACCGGAUGAGAACGAGCUUCUGAAAUCGCCAAGCAGCGAUGUCGUCAUUUCUUUUUCACCCACAGACAAAGCUCUCGAAGUGCCAGUGCCGCAACCGCAGCCUCAACCAAAGAAGAUUGUCCUCAAGCGAAAGAGUUCAAUUACACCUAUAACUAUGGAAACAACAGCUGCAGACGUCAAAUCCGAUCCUGCUCCCAACGACGAAAAUGGAAGUGAAACAAAAAUAUCCAAAAUCGAUGCGAAGCCAAAAAUAGUUAAGGUCUCGGCACUCACAUUGGAGGAACGCCUCCAAAUGCGUGCCAAAAAGUUCGGCAUUGAAGAGAACAAAGUGGUCAGUUCGAAUACAAACUCGAUUGGAGGCAGCAUCCCGAUAACCGUAGCAGGUAAAGAAGUCGAUGCAAAACAGAUUGAGACGCUUAAAAAACGAGCUGAGCGCUUUGGGUGUGUUGUUGCGCCUGCCAUUGCCGAAAUAACAGCCAAUGAGCGGUUGGAAAAACGCAAACAGCGAUUUGGCGAUGUGUCUGGGGACAGUGACAAAAAGUCCACGGCUCAAGGAAAGGACGUGUAUGCGGAGAAGGCGCGGCAGCGUCUGGAGAGGUUUAAAACGGCGGCCAAAUGAAUUUGUUUUUUCUUUUUCCAUUUUCAUAAAUUAAAAAUCUUAAUUUCCUCCACCACCACCUCGAUUUAUUAUUAAAAGUUAAUCAAAUUCUUUCAAUAUUAACAUUUACUUUAUUUUGUGUAAAAAGGCACUAUCCAGCUUAAUAUGUAUUUAACAACAAAUAAAACAAAAUAACGAUUGUUUACUAAAAACCUUAAAUAA